CCCCGGCUACAGAUCUCAUCAAAGGUUCGUUUCGACGAGUUCCAUUGACGAGUAGAACCAGAGUGUUAAACGGAAGGACAUAUCAGCAAGAAAACCAAACGGCCGCCCUUUCUCCUGCUUCGGCUCCGAUCGCGCUGGAGCCCGCCUGCGUUCCCUGGUCGCACGAACCGCCAAUGGCUCCGUCUCUCCUCUCUCCGCCGCUGGUCGCCGGCUCGCUCGCGACGCUCCGCGUCUUCUCGCCGCCGGCGACGUGCUCCCGCCGCGCCCAGCCCGCUGGGUUCGUGAGGAUCGGACGGAGAGACCCGCAAUGGAGCCGGAGUAGGCGGGGAAGGAGAGGCCUGGGGAUCCGCGCCUCGACGGCGGAAGCUGAAUACGGGACUUCGGAGGAGGAUGUGGCCGACGAUUUCUACUCUGUUCUAGGCGUCAUGCCAGAUGCAACCACCGAGGAAAUUAAGAAGGCAUACUACAGCUGCAUGAAAGCGUGCCACCCCGACCUUAGCGGAGACGACCCUAACGUGACCAGCUUCUGCAUGUUCGUCAACGAGGUUUACGCGGUGUUGAGCGAUCCGGUGCAGCGUGCAGCGUAUGAUGAGAUCCAUGGGUACACGGCAACGGCGACCAACCCUUUCUUCGACAGCAAUGCGUCCAAGGAUCAUGUGUUUGUCGACGAGUUUACCUGCAUAGGUUGCAGAAAUUGUGCCAACAUAUGCCCUGGUGUCUUUGAAAUAGAAGAGGACUUUGGGAGGUCAAGAGUCUACUCCCAGUCGGGUAGUACGGACCUAAUUCAGGAUGCCAUUGAUAGUUGCCCGGUUGACUGUAUCCACUGGACUUCGGCUGCACAACUUUCACUCCUCGAGAAUGAAAUGCGAAAAGUAGAGAGGGUGAAUGUUGGGCUGAUGAGUGCUGGGAUGGGAGUUUCAGUAGAUGUGUUCCGAAUGGCAAGUGCACGUUGGGAAAAGAGACAAUCAAAAGUCUUGGAAAAAAUCAGAACACGGAUGGUGAACCAAAAGAAUUCAGACAUGGGUAGCUCGUGGAGUGACAUCUGGGGAUCUCCAUCCCGGUAUCAAAGCAACGACGAAGAAGCAGCAGAGAGAGCGGAUAGAGCGGCCAGAGCUGCUAGGCGAUGGCGAGAAUACUCGAGGAAAGGUACCGACAGGCCUCCGAAAUUCAAACUUCCUGAGGCAAUUGGCAACAAAGAGUAAUAAUAGAAUAAAGAAAUGCUUUAUCCUGCAUAUAUUAUGAGCUCACAUUUCACUCCCUGUAUGUAUAGUAUAGUCUAACAUUGCGCAGAGAGAUUCGGGUAUGUAGGUCGCUCUUUCUUCCACUCAGAUUCUCAUUUUCAUCUGUAAAGUGGUGUCCUUGGAUGUAGUUGUGAUGCUGAUGACCUGUAGAGCACAGCACACACACUGAAUUGUAAAGCAGUCAAAAUGUAUAACAAGUAUGUCAUGUACAUUCUCCUGCGCGGCAACUUGAAAUCCUAGAGAAGCAUAUUUUUCUUA